CAACACUUUUUCAAAAUCUGAAGCAACAGGUGUUUGAAUAGUUCUCAUACUGAAAUGUGCUAUAUUUCACACCAUUGCAUCAUAAAGAGAGUAAAGAGUAAAUAGUCGCGCUUUACUGAAAAUAUAUUGGAAUGGAUCAUCACUAUCUCUGUAAGGAUUGAGGACUAAUAGAAACAGGUGUGUGUAUGAAUCAGCACAGCUGAUAAGACGGCCUACUAACAUGACCAGCCUGCUGUUGUCUCUGUCCUGUCCAAGUGAUCAUAAAUAUUUGGUUUAUUCAGCUCCAACAAAACUCUUUGCCAGAUGAAAGAGAUUACACACACACAUACCCUUGUAUAAACAUGUCCUCAACAGGUCAUUUAAUUUCACAUUUUACAAAUCACCUGUAUUAGGCAGUGAUUUACAAGUCAUAUAAAUAAGAAAAAACUGUGUAAAAGUGACAUUUAUAUGUGUGUAUAUAUAACCAGAAUAUUUACAGAAAGUAAUUGUAAAUUGAUUUUUCCUUGCCUGUACAAUGUUAUUGAAUAUUUCAUUACAUUUAAAGAAACAGUACCUCAGUAAACACAGGACCACAAUAAAUAUUGUAUCAUUUUAUAUAGAGGGUAUAAUAUAGAUAUUACAAUUUAAAAGUAAAUAUGUAUAGGCUAAUAAAUAUAUUUAGGCAAUAUAUACAGAGUCUUUGGACAAAAAAGUCAAUUCAAGAAGACACUGAAAUGCUUGUUGUUGCUGCUGGCAAGCCACUGAAUACACGAGAUUGAUCAAACAAUAAAACAUUAACCUGAACGAUAUGUGGGCUCUUGUUUGUUCAGGCUAACUACACCAUUAUUAAAAGUUUCUUCUUACAAUAAAGUUUAUCGUUAUCUACUACUCGAGUGCACUCAAAUUAUUUUCUCACCCUCACUUUGGCUGGAGUAGUGUGAAGCGACUCAAGGGAAAGUUGGGGCAUGUUCAGAGACGAGAUAAAAACGUCCAGCCGGGAAAGGAAAAGCAAAAAAAAAAAACAAAAAAAAACCGUGUGCGGGCGACAGUUUAGCACACAUAGUAGAGAAGCACACACGUGAAUGGAGGUUUUCACGUUACUUCUUAAAACGAAGACGCUCUCCAAUGGAAAGUAACGCGACGGGAGAUCUCAUGUUGUAACAGGGCAUGGAUUUAAGUAACCCAUAUUUUCCUAUUGGUUUGGUUGCCUCACAGGAGUGCUGGUAAUGGUGUUGAGCAUGGUUGCCUAUCAACUGUCCCAUGUUAACACUAAACCAUUGGAUUUUGUGUGCAAUGUGGAGGCCAGAAGAGUGAUGAACAAGGUGAAGGACUUUGAAGAGAAACUGGUAGACUGCAGCACUGUAGCAUCUCUACCUUCUUCUAUUCAAUUACCAUGCAUUAAGAUUCACAAAGCAACCUGGGAGAAAAAAUCAGUGCAUGAGCGGAGGGCUGAGAUCCUGCUGUCUUUGCGGACUCUAGCACAGGAUGUGCACACUGCCAGGACACUAAGCCAACCUGGCUGUGGGCUUACUCUGCUGGAGCGCUUGGAACAUAGUAUCAACAACUACCUGCAUAUAUUGAAACGACUCCAUAAUGAGCAGGGGGAGCUAGUACAGCCCCAGGCAAAUAACUGUCUGGGUCAGGACUCUAAGGAUUUGGGUCUGGUCUUGAAGCACUUUGGACGUCUGCUCACAGGCAAGCUGGAAUGGCUCAUUGUAGAGAUGGCAAAGGAGUGCUAGACUGAAAAACUGACUUCUAAUAUCGGCCUUUCUUCAGCCUUGUAUAAUGGGACCAGACAGGCCCAAUCAAUUUUAACAAUGGCUCACCUACAAAGAAAAUGGAGGGCCAUGCACUUUGCAGGAGACCUCCAACUGUGUUACAAGAAGAAAGUACAUAACGUGUAAAUGGCAACACUGCGCCAUCUACUGGAUUAUAGAUAAACUACGAGCACUGAGUGACUGACACACCUGUUGAGAUGCACCUUCUGAACUUUUGAAACAACAAAGUGAUAUUUUAUCUUACAGAUUGUAUUUAUUUAUCUUACAGAUAAAUCCAAAGCAUUUGUGCAUAUAGUAUAUUUUAUAUACAUUACGAUGCAAGAUUUUUAUUGCCAUGUGUAAGCUGUGCAUUGGAACAUUGAUGCAUUUACACAAAACACCCAAAAUACACAAUGUAAUAUUUAAGAAACUAUUUAAAUGACUAAAAAUAAUUUUGGAUAUAUUUUGCUUAUUACUUUUCAUUGUUACAGCAGUUUCACAAAAUGUAUCAUUUGUAAAAGUUUGGAAAAAUGUACAUAUAUAAAUAUUUAAGUAUAUUUUCAUUUAAUAAUUGUGUGGAUUAUCAUUGAAAUGUUUUCAUUAUGUGUGGUAUUUAUGGUACAGUUAAAGUAUAAACACAGACAUGCAUUUCUAAAC